AAAUCGAGGCGAGGAAGGAAGAAAGAAGCGGCAGGACUCCGUGCUGCAGCGGCAAUAACUGCACCAAUAAUAGCAAUUAUCUGCGGGUUUGGCGGACCUCGUGGGGUCCCCAAAUCCGUGCGCCGCGGAGAGACAGAAAACCUGGCGUGAUGCUGCAGUCGCAGAAAAGGAGGCUGGGGAUUUGGGAGCACAGCGACGAGGAAGCCUUGAUCCGGCGCCCUUCCCCCCUUUUUUAAGAGAGAGAUUCCGCCCUUCUCCAUGCUAGCCAUGAGCAGCUUCUUCUUGCACCCACGGCCAGCCUUGCGCGGCUGCUGCGCCCCUUUCCUGGCCUCGGGCGCCGGCUGUUUUGCGCACUGCAGCAGACGCAGCGCCUCUUCGCGCUGCGCCCCUGGCCGCCGCUGGCGCCUGCGGGUCUUGGUGGACAUGGACGGGGUGCUGGCGGAUUUCGAGGGGGGCUUCCUGAAGAAGUUCAGAGCCAAGUAUCCGGAGAAGCCCUACAUCUCCUUGGAGGACCGCAGGGGGUUCUGGGUCUCGGAGCAGUAUGGGCAGCUGGAAGCGGAGCUGAGUGAAAAGGCAAUUGGCAUUUGGGAGUCAAAGAACUUCUUCAUGGAACUGGAUCCGCUCCCAGGGGCCGUGGAAGCCGUCAAGCAGAUGGCCGAGUUGAAAGAGACCGAUGUGUUCAUCUGCACCAGUCCCAUCAAGAAGUAUCGGUAUUGCCCAUAUGAAAAGUACGCCUGGGUGGAGAAGCACUUGGGCCAAGAGUUUCUGGAGCAGAUCGUCCUCACCCGAGAUAAGACGGUGGUCUCUGGCGACCUGCUGAUCGACGACAGGCCUGAUAUAAUAGGAGCUGAGAAGAGUCCGAGCUGGGAGCACGUCCUCUUCACGGCCUGCCACAACAAGCAUCUCCAGCUGCCUCCUCAUCGUCGGAGGCUGCACUCAUGGACCGACGACUGGAAGGCCAUCUUGGAUAGCAAGCGGGCAUUGUAGAGCUCGUUGGGAGAGUCUCCUCGACGUGCCCGGCGUGGGGCCAGGAUCAGUGGUGCAGGCCCGAAAACCCACAUCUAGGCCCCGCGGGGAGAAGCAGGAAGAAUCGUGUCUUUGGUUUCAGCUAUGGAGCCGGAGACGAGGGCAGGCUUCCCAAGAAAAGGGUGCUUUGUCCGUGCUGCUAGCGCCAUCGCAAAGCUGGGCCACCAAAGGACCUUUGCCAAGCACCCUUCCUGGGUCUGGCUUGGCCUAGUCUAAAGGACGUCUUAUCCCAAAGCAAGGCCCAGUCAGGGGUGUUCACCACCCACCAGGCACUGUUUAGCUUUAUAUCUGGCUUCCGUAAAGAUGGCCGCCGUCUUUAACGUCCGCUCCCAAUCUCGGACAUGCCUCCGUUUCCAGGACUGAAAUUUAGUUUGCUUUGGGAGGGUGUUGAAAUGAGCUGAGGGGCAGGCUGGUCUGGGAGCCACUUCAAAAUCCAAAAUAUGUGUGUGUGUGUGUGUGUGUGUGUGUGUGUGUGUGUGAGUGAACUGUGGUAGCUCGCUUUCAAGGGGAAAAACCUGGGCUGGGGAACCAGUCACCAGUCCAAACAUUGUUGGACUCCAAUACCCAUCAUCCUUGGUCAUGCUAGCUGGGGAUGAUGAGAGUUGGAGUCCGUCAACGUCUGGAAGGCCACAGUUUCCUUACCCUUACUCCCAGAAACAUCCUCUCUGUCGUAGCAUUUGAUGGUUCAAGAUGGCGGCUGGUCGACAAACCCAGGUUUCCGAGCUGAGACCUGGUUCCAGCAAAGUUCUCCUUUGGGUUCUCAGUGUAAGCCAAAGCAACUGCCCUUCUGACGUAAGAAGGCCUUUGGAGUCUCAGGUUGGGCGAGGAGGCCUCAGUUCUCACAACCAGCGAGGGAGGAGGUCAACCACGUUAUUUUUCGCGGAUAGAUUCAGAAGACUGAAUGAAUUUCAUACCCUACCAAAUAUCCCUCCAGGUAGAAGAAGAGUAUGCCAGGGAGAAAUAUUCUAGCCUGCUGGUUUUCUAUAUGG